UCAAGCUCUAUCAUAGUCUAAAGUUUCAAGACAACUUUGUUUUCUUUUACCAAGAAAGACAUAGCUUCGAUAUAGAAAAAUGAGAGUCUCAUUCAUUUUUAAUUUCAAAGCGUACAUAUUUUUCCAGCCAUAUUUUCAUCAAAUGUGAGGGCAAGAGAGUGGGAAAGUAAUGCCCGAGCAUAUUUCAAAUUGUUGCCAAACAUCGGCUAAUGUAACAUGAUAGCAAAGAAUGCUUCAAAUGUCACCGUUUAUUUAAGAAAAUAAGUUUUUGUUAAUAUUGGAAGAAGAGUGAAGUCAAGUGGCGCAAUUGCUCAAUGUGGAGAGUAGUUUUUUUUGUCUACUUGAUCGAUCGGGCUGCCUGUUCACCUUCCUUCGUCGUCUUCUUAUUCAUUAUCUCACAUCACCAACAUACACUUUCAAAGAGAGAUGUUGGAAUUGGAAAGUAAAAAUCUCUGACCAUUUUGGUAAACAACUCGAUUCUUUGAUUCUGUUGUUGCAUUAGUUGUUGUAAUAGCAGCCAUAUGUCACGCAGCGUUCUAUUUUGUUUCUCAUACUUUAAGUUAAUUUUCAAUCGUUCUUCGCUAAAUUUUCUUUCAUCUGUUGGAGUUCUUUUGAAAGAUCGUUCAUUGCUGACUUCAAAAUAUGAUCGACAUCAGUUGCCAUCGAUGUAAUUGAGAACGAAGGAGGAAAUACCGUUUUGUUACAUUGAACCUAGAAAUUAAUUUGAGGCCGGAUCGAGUGAUAGCUUCAAUUGCACAACGCUUCCGACCACUAUGUGGACGAUAAGCGAUUGAUAUAAAGCGAAAUGAUCAAUCCUAGAAGAGCAAGCUUGAUCCAGCGUAUUGAUCAACGAGAGAAAUAGUAUAAAGACACACCUUCAAGGAAUACUGCGAACCAUUUGUCGAUCUCUUCUCCCUGUCCUUAUCAUCGAUCGUCACUUUUCCGACGUCUCUCGUUUCUCAGCAAUGAUGAGAUCAUUUCCGAAUGAUUCCUUUUUUCCUCAUGCUACCCUGUCGAUAUCAAUCAAAUCAUCAGUCACACUCAAGCACAUGAUGAUACACUCUGGUGUAUCGAUGAUGUGCAUGUGACACCACACCAUAUUUCACAUAUCGUUUUCACAAGUGGUUCGACUGGUACGCCUAAAGCCGUAAGUUGUCCCACAAAAUGAGUCGAAAUGGAAAUAUCUUUUGUUUUCUUCUCAAUACAAUAAUAGGUUCGUCUUCGUCAUCGCAAUUUUGUUUCAUACAUUCGUUCGUACAUCAUUCAGCCGACUGAUGUCAUUCUUAAUCAUACCUCAGUCACAUUUGAUGCACAUCUUGGAGAAAUUGCUGGUACACUGAUGAUGGGAGGUCAAGCAGUUUUACUUCCUCCUGAUGGCGAUCUCGAUAUGAGUAUCUUUUGUUCAACAAUCUCUCGUCAUCAAGUGACCUAUUUAGGCGGAGUACCAUCUCUUUUUCACAUGCUAACAGAGUUUAUAACAAUAGCAGAUGAGAAAAACUGUUUGAAGACACUUCAAUGCAUUUCUUCUGGAGGAGAAUCACUUUUGUCAACUGUUGCACGGGAUCUCCUCUCCUAUGUCAAUGAACAUUGUCGUUUCUACAACUAUUACGGACCUGCAGAAUGUACAGAAGCAGCAAUUGAAUAUCGAGUUACCGGCGUUGAAGGUGCGCAAAAAUAUGUGCCUAUUGGACGGCCAAUGUCCAAUGUUCAUGUCUAUCUCUUAGAUGAGUAUGGUCAGCCUGUGAUACCUGGUAUGCAACAAGGUGAAAUUGUCAUUGGAGGUAAGUUUUUGUGA